AUGCGUUGGUGGGCGGAUGCAUGGCUGCCUCUGAAAAACAAGGCAACCAAGGCCUUGGAGCCGGCGGCUCCGGCGUGCAUUUCCGUGUCGAAACCGCCACCGUUCAACCAAUCGCGCGACCGGAUCCCUCAGUACAGCGUAUUGCAUCUGCGACCGGCCACGAUUGCGAUAGUUCAGAUCGAAAGCAUCUCUCGACUCUGCGCACCUGCGGCGGAAGCCGGGCCAACAUGCAAAGAGAUUUUGGAGACAGUUCAAACUCUGCGCACAUGCAGUGGAGCAGAUUCCAACGAGGUGACCUACCGUGCAUGCACCGGAUCCGAAUCUCAAAUCUCAGGCGCACAGAACGCAUCGCUCGGUGGCUGA